AUGUGGCUCUUUCGGGUUCUCUCUUCGGCCUUCUUCCUGACCGUAACUGUUUCCUCCAUUCCCCUGGCCUUCGAUGUGGGUGGAAAGACAUGCGGCUUGGCCUUCUCUCUAUCCCUAGCGACCUUCUACUUCCUAUUUUCGCUCCUGCGACUGACCACUCCUGAUCGCUCGUGGCUCCGUUCGUCUCUGAUUGUCCUCAUUCAAUCGACACAAUGGAUUAUUAUUCCGAUUCUGCUUAUUUGGUCGCUUAACCGCUUUUCGACCGACACCGAGAACAGCACCGGUUGGGUGGAGCGGACGUUCAGCGGGAAGCGGGCUCAGGAUGCCUCGAUCCAGGAGUGGUUGUUUGGCCCGGACGGUCUGCUAGAGGUUCUGACAAUUGGAAACUGGGACAAACUUUUGAGAUGGUCGACUCCGGUAUUUCAGCUGGUAGAGGGAUUUUGUAGUCUUCUGGUCAUUCAGGCUGCAGGUCAGAUCACCCGCUGGCUGGUCAACCGUGGUGGACGAAGUGAUAGCUGGAUGAUCGGCCUCCUGGUACUUUCCGCCUCUGUCAUAUCAAGUGCUGUAUACUUUCUUUGGCGGGUCCUUCAGUUCCCUGGAAUUUCCAAUGUCGAUGCGGCCCUGAUUGGCGUGUCGAUCACUUGCGCGGUGAUCUUGUGCGCAUGGGGGAUUGGAAGUGGCCGUGGAAAUGCCGUGGAGAGUUCCCUUCUGUUCGCGUACAUCGUGCUGUGCAUCUACCAGAUCUUCACGGACUACCGACCAUCAUUUCCUGUGGAAUCGGUUCCGUCCCCUGCACAAGCCGGUGACUUCCCACCGCUGCCGCCCAUCAUCAUGGCCUCUUACACCACCCUGCUGCACGUCCUGUCCCUCCUCCCAUCCAUUAUCCAUGCGGCCUUCAACGUGUUCACGGCGGUCUUUAGCGCGGUGACGCCUUCUGUACUGAUCUCAUUGACCUACCGUAUCGCGGUCCUGUAUGCGUCCACCCGGAUCAUACCCGCUGUUCGCGAAUCGGGUGCGCGCGCGCUCUCGCAAGAAGCCUCGUUGGAUGAUUCAGAUGCCGCUGGCCAAUUGCUGGGUCUCCUGGGUUAUUUUUCUCCCUCCAUUCUCAUUGCUGUUUACACGAGUCUGUUAAUGCAACACUUCUCUGCCACCUCUCAGGCCAUGGGUGGUAGCGGCGAAUGGUGGAGCAGCCAAGGAGGAGGCGGUGGGAACCUCUGGCGAUGGAUCAACUUAGCCUGCACAAUGGCCCUGUAUGCUGUUGAAUUAUGGCUCGGUGAAAAUGACGACUUGGAUACGGGGCUGACGGGCCAUUGGAAGUCCGACUGA